CUGCGUCAUCAUUGCGUGCCCCGGAAACAGCUAUCACGACGAAGGGUCAAUUUAUUUUUCAAGCGCAGCAACAAGCUACAUUUCUGCUCAUUUCAUCAACAAAUGACGAUAAAUAACGACAAAUAAAGCAGGCAGCAGUCGUUUGGAUGUUCCUAUAAGCUGCUUUCUGUCUCUGAGAUCCAGCAGUGAAGCGGGUUGCCAUGGCAUCUCCAGGGGGACAAGGAGGAGGAGGAGGAGCUCUGUCGACGAGAGGAGGCAGCGGGGCCAGGAGGAUGAAGUGGGCUCUGGAGCUGAGCAUGGGCAACACCAGGAGUCGUGGCGACCGUCAGGGCGGUCAGGGAGACGUCGUUUACCCCAUCGGCUACUCUGAGAAACCCGUCCCCGACACCAGCAUCCAGGAGACGGACAAGAACCUGGUGGAGAAGCGCUGUUGGGACGUGGCUCUCGGGCCCCUGAAACAGAUCCCCAUGAACCUGUUCAUCAUGUACAUGUCGGGCAACACCAUCUCCAUCUUCCCCAUCAUGAUGGUGUGCAUGAUGGCCUGGAGGCCCAUACAGGCGCUCAUGUCCAUGUCUGCCACCUUCAAGCUGCUGGAGAGCUCCAGUCAGCAGUGGCUCCAGGGCCUCGUCUAUCUGGUUGGUAACCUCCUGGGCUCGGCGUUGGCCAUCUACAAGUGUCAGUCGAUGGGUCUGCUGCCAACACACUCCUCUGAUUGGCUGGCUUUCAUAGGACCGCCGCAGAGGAUGGAGAUCAUGGGCGGAGGCAUGGUGUUGUGAAGAGGACGGAGCGUGCACAUACCAGAUUCAGAUAUUUACAGAGGUUUAUAUAACUGUAUAUUCUCCACGACAGAUUCGGUUACAAGACGUUUGAUAAAUCGGCAGCAGGACGUGCGGCGCAGCUCUCAGUUACUUCAUCCUGCUGCUCUGCUUCAUAUCUCUGUUCUUUGUUUUUCAUCUUUUUAAUAAAGGUUUAAGAGCCAGCAGAUCAUCAUGUUGAACUACUGUAUUUUUCUUUCCAGUUGAAAUAACAAUAGGAUGUUAUUUAUGAGGUUAUUUUCCAGUAUACAGAAUUAUACCCAGUUUUAAAACAGAACUUUAAUGGAGGUCACAGUCUGUAAAACAAGUCUUAUUAGGUUUUAAUCCAGUAGAGUAGUUUUUUAUUUCUUCUUUUUUUCCAUUCUUUUCUUUCUCAGUUUGUAGUGACACACGUGAUUUCAGCAUGCUAGCCAGCAACAUUUACUAACCGGUUUUAAUUUAUUAGUCUGUUUAAUUUAUACUGAUUUGCUACUUGAAAAUGUUCUAUAAAAUAAAUAAAUCAUUAUUGGCUGAAAUAACAUGUUUUCAACUGUGUCAAUAAAUGUGUACAGGGA